GCCAACCAUCAACGGGCGAAAGCUAACUCUCAAUUUGAAAGGCCUAGAAAUUAUGAAUGACGAUCCAAGCGAAGUCAACGUACUUUACGCCAAAGUCAAGAGCAAUGAUGAUGAUCUUCUGCAAACAGUCGUUGAUGGUAUCGUUAGCUACUUUGAGGAUUACGGACUCUUGAGUAAACAGUAUGAAAAAGUGAAAUUGCAUGCUACCCUGAUGAAUACUGCCUUUGACAAAAGAAGUGAGGCCGAGGUUGAUCCUGACUCAAAGAAAAGGAAAACUUUUGAUGCAACAAAAAUUUUGAGAGAUUUACAAGAUUUUGAGUUUGGCUCCACAACGUUUGAAGGAUUGGACUUGUCUGUACGAUUUUCUACUGGGACCGAUGGCUAUUACACAUAUUCGACUCGUGUCAACUUUAUGUCCUGUACAGCUUAAGUGGGCUGUCUCAUGAGACUCUUUUAAGAUCAUCACCCCACAUGAAGACACCAGGAAACUCAAUGUUUAGCUUUCAUUACGAUUGGUCAGUUAAGCUUGGGAGGAUUUUGCCCGCAAAUUAGUUGUUUUUCAUAGUUUUUGCUACAAGAAAAACGAUGAGUGUAUCAGCUAGCCUAAAUUUUUGGUUUUUUGAUUGAAUUUUUCUCCCAGUUGCCGUUAUCAAAUAAAGUCGGGGAAGAAAACCAUAAGCCUAGUUCAUUUAUACUGAUCCAAUUUCCUGGACAGCACCAGGAUGUCAUGUUGUUUAAGGUAGAAAGACCAGCUCCAGUAAGAGUUUGGUGAGCCUCUUUUUCAGCACAGAAUUCACUCAUUAUGGCCAAAACAGAUAAUAAUUUCAGGGGAAGUG